AUGUCUCCUCCUCCCCCCACCGUAGAACAGAUACAGUGUCUCUUACAGAGGUGCGGCUCUAGCGGUUACAGCGUCUACGAUCAUUUAACAGAUUUAGUUGCUGCUUUAAUAGCUGAACAACCUGAAGACCCUUAUGCUGCCUUCGAGUCUAUAUCUCAAUCUUUAAAGGUAUUAAGAGAAAAAAAAAAUAAAACAAAGUCCAGCUCCAUAGAGGGGGCCCCCCAAGGGGGCCCCCCUGGGGGCCCCACAGGGGGCUCUUUAGGGGGCCCCUCAAGAGGGGGCCCCUUAGGGGGGGCCCCCUGUACCCUGAAUGCAGAGAAAGCUCUAGAGCACUGGAGUAAGAGUAUGAAGCAUUUGCUGCAGCAGAUAGCAGCACCAGGAAAGGAGUUAUCUUUUUCUGUUGAUUGUACAGAUUUUUUUGACGAAAAUAGAUUAAUGUGUUGGGCGGGUUGUGGGUUUAAUGAUAAAGAGGCAUUUAAAAUAUAUUGCUGUCUUAAGCAGCUUGCUGCUUCAAUCCCAGGUGUAUCUUCUGUAAGAUAUUGGGGUAAGAUAUUAGCUAAAGAUGAAGAUUAUAUAAUUGCAGAGACACGCUUUGAAGGAGAAGAGCCUGAAGGAGAGACAGCAACUGAAGAAGAGACAGCAAUGGAUAAGAGAGGGACAGGAGUUAAUACUUAUACAUACUUUGCUCUUCAAGGAGACAGUAACAAGUGGAGGCUGCUGCCUGAUGCUUUACCCUCUCACUUAGAGACAGCAAGAAAAAUUAAAAAGAUUUUAUCAGGAGAUUUAAAUAAACAAGUUGUUACAUUUCCUUGGUUUGCAGGGAGAGAGAGACAUUUGCUGAGAGCUUUAAUUGCUCUUAUAUCAUCGGAGACAAUACUCUGCCCAUCAGGGUGGCUACAAGCUAUGGAGGAGGGAUCGGGAUCCGAUCCCCAGGGAGACGAUCCCGAGUUCGAGUUCCCCACAAACGCACAGACACUUGCAAGUGUGGGGUCCUGGUGUCACUACAGGCCCUAUAUAACUAAGUCGGGCCUUACGGUGUAUCCUGAGGUUGAUGAAGAAGAUGAAGAAGCAAAGCAGCUUCAAGAAACAAUUGAAGAAGAACCUAUAUUAGAAUUAGGCAGGUCAAUCACUGAAGACAGCCCACUACCAAAUGGUAGCCCUGCGUGGUGUAUACGCACCUCAGGAGACACCUCAACAUAUAAGGAGACAUAUAAUAAUGCUGUGGUGUCUGUGCAUUCUUGUCUUUGGCCGGGUGCUGUUACUAUAUAUCAUAAGAAAACCUUCUUCUCUAUUUAUAAUGGCUGGGGCCUACUAGCAGGAGCCCCUCCUUUCUUUCCUUUUACACCUAAUGAUGUUCAAGCUGAUCUAGUAGAUUUAAACGAGCAGUUAGAGCCUCAGCCUGGCGACGAAGAGUUAUCCGAUGGUGCAAGUCAUGAUGAAGAAGAGACAGAAAAACAAAAAGAUGAUGAAGAUGAAGAAGAAGAAGAGACAGAAGAAGAGACACAAGAACAACAACAAGAUGAAGAUGAAGCAGCAUAA